AUGAUCGAAAACGUCCCCGACCGUACGUCUUCCCCGCUCGCGCCCCGAGGCACCGCGCUCACCGUCGCAGAUUGGGACCUCGUCGCGCGCCGACGUCUCGGCCAGACGAAGCUGACGCACAGGAUGGUCGGCGGCGACAAGCCGGACGUGGCCUCGCUCGGCGCCUUCGACUACGCCCACCUCCGCGCGCCCCUGCCCAAGGGCAUCGUCUCCGGCAUCUUCAAGUCGAGCCCGACCAGCUACUUCCUCAUGCGCCGCAGCUUCGACGGCUACGUCUCCGCCACGGGCAUGUUCAAGGCCACCUUCCCCUACGCCGAGGCGGCCGAGGAGGAGGCCGAGCGCAGGUACAUCAAGUCGCUCGCCACGACGAGCCCGGAGGAGACGGCGGGCAACAUCUGGAUCCCGCCGCAGCAGGCGCUCGACCUCGCCGACGAGUACGACGUGAGCGCUUGGAUCCGAGCGCUUCUCGACCCGGCCAAGAUCCCCGUCUCGACCGCCUCGGACUCGCCGCCCAAGAAGAUUGCGGCGCCGCCCAAGUUUGACGUCGGCAGGGUCCAGAAGCCGCUGCUGGCCCCGCCGCCGACGCCGCCGACGGCUCCCCGCGCCACCCGCGCCCGCCGGUCGGCGAGCCCGACGAAGCCGACGACGAAGCGCGCGUCGGCGUCGCCCCGGAAGCGCGCCGUCAAGGCCAAGGCCGAGGGGGCCGAGGUGAACGGCGUGGCCGAGCGGGGCAGGGACGAGGUCGUCGUGAAGACGUCGACGUUUGAGCCCGCCGUCGUCUUGGAGUCGAGGGAGGUGCCCGAGGCCAAGGUGAAGGUGCAGGUCGACGAGAAGACGGCGACGGAUGCCGGCGGGAACACGGUGACGCACACGACGGCCGAGGUGGACAUGCCGCUGCCGACGGCGGGACAGCCGCCGAGCGCGGCCGAGAUUGCCCGCAUGAUGGAGACGGCCAAGGAGAUGGUGAAGAAGGGCCGCGCCGCCGACGGGCCGGCCGAGGACAAGGCCAAGGGCGCCGAGGACAAGGCCAAGGCGGCAUCGGCCAAGAAGGGCAAGCGCAAGGCCGCCGACAUCUCCGUGUCGGAAAAGGCCGCGGGCAAGGACGACGACGAAGGCGACCGAGACGACGACGACGACGACGAGCGACGGGCGAAGAAGACCAAGACCGAGGCAGAGGAGCAGGUGGGCAGGGCCAAGAAGAGGGCGCUCUUCGGCAUAGGCGCCACGGUGGCGGUCGGGGCACUCGUUCCGUGGCUCGUCAAUCUGCUGUAG